AACUGACCCUCCACGUGGUAUGUGUUGUUGACACAGAUGAAGACCAGGACAAACUCUGAUAAGGGACUGCUUUAAAUUUGAAACCUGAGAAGAAAUUCUCACAUUUACACAUCAACAGACAGAGAGAAUACCCUGCAUCAGCUGAAAUUAUGCAUCUGCAGAUUGCGAUUUUGACUUUCACCUUUGCUACCACAACAGCAUUUCCGCUCAAUCACGAGGACAGUCGAGAAGCCCCAUGGAGUUUACAGAGAGACAAUCAGGCCAUUGACAAGAAACCUUUUGCCAAAGAUUCAAAUGGAAUGUGGAAGAACCAUGUUGUGAGCAGUGACCUUUACUCCCAGGAUUCCUACAACCCCAUGGCUACUGAACUCCGACAAAAGCUGAGUAUGGAGUCUGAACGGCUGAGGGCUCGUCUAAAGCAGGAGCUUGCUGAGCUGAGGGAGAGGCUCUCUCCUUACCCUAGCCACCCAAAACACAGUCUGGCCAAUGUCAGAGACUUCUUAGCCCCCUUCACAAAGCAACUCCAGACUGCUCUCCAGUCAAACACCCAUGAACUCUGUGAGAGACUCAGUCUGAAUCUCCAAGACCUGAACCCAGAUGAAACAACGCUCUACCAAGAGGCAGCGCAGAUGAUCACCCAAGCACUGGAUGAAAGCCACCAGAAAAGGACUGCAGCUUUUGAGGAGUUUAAAACAAAAGCCUUUGAAGCUGUCGAGAAGGAAAAGGACAGCAGUGGAAAAGAACUCUGGGAGGAAGUGACUGCCAGGCUCGGACAGGAAGUCUGUACCUUCAGUUUGGAGGUACAAGGCAAGGUGGCAGCACUGAAAAUCGUUUUGGCUGGCCAUCUUGCAUCGACACAGCCUCCAAGAGAUUUGAUGGCUUCAAAAGUGGACCAGUUCUGCCAGAAUUCCUCGGUUUGGAAUCAACAGUUUAUUUCUAAUUUAGACCAACAGAUAAUCACACUACAAGAAAAUCAGAAUAAUAAUGAUUCAGCUAGCAUUCAUCAGACAAACAUAGAGUCCAUACAGGAGGAUUUCUCUACUAGACUUACAGCCCUUUUACAAGACAUUGUACACACCCUAAAUUAACAUGGAAUACUUGAAUAUCCAUUCCUAGAAAUCCAAAUGUAAUGUAAAUAUUAGCUCAUGCAAUGUUUGGAUUGUACACUGUAAACUGUAACUUUUGUAAAAUGCUCUUUGUAUGUACAGUUUUCAAAGAUAAUCUUAUAUAAAGUAUGUGGAAAUCAACCGAUCUGUCAAGUGAUAGAAACAACCAAGAACCUUUCAUUUAAUGCAGGUUUAUUAAAAAUUGUUCUGUUGUACUGUAUAUGUUGUUUCAUAAACUAUUCAAAAAUAUGUAAAUAAAGAUAUAUUUGU